ACAUUUCACAGUAUGAGCAGGGAGUAGACAACACUCGUCAUUCAACAUUUGAGUUGGAUAUGCAAGUCGCGGUGGACGUGAAAAUAGUGAUUUAAAUUGUGAUUACCGUUCAUUGCUCGGCUAAUUUUGACGCUUAGCAAUCGUCAUUGAAUAUUGAAUUAGAUAUAUGAAGUUGUGAAACCGGUUGCUUCGUAAUAACGUGUGUUCGAAUUUAAUAUUUAGUUUUUACGUAAUUGAAGAUUCGUUAUACGAAAAUGUAUCUCCAAUACUUAACUUUUGCUGUUAUUAUCGGUCUCGCACAAUGUCAGUCAACCGAGCCUUCCUUAUCAGAUGCCAUAAACUCACUGCCUCCAGAACUACAGGGAAAAGUUGAUCAGGCUCAAAUUGAGGCCAUCAGGAAUAAGUCGACGGAGGUGUUCAAAGAAAAGUGUGAUACUAACGGCGGGCCAAACGCUUUUGACAAUGCUGAAGCGGCAUUCAAGGAAUUCUCAACGUGCGUGACAGCUUUAGUAGAUCCUUCCAAAUUGCAGGAAGAAAUCGAAACCGCCAAACCCAAUGGUCAAGUGGACGAAGUGUUUAAAAGGUACUGCGACAAAACGCCAGACUUCAAGAACUGUUUCCAAAACAUGACGGAUGCGGUGGAGCCGUGUCUCACUGCUGAGGAACGUGGAAAUAUUAAAACCGUGCACAAUAUAACCGAGCAACUCGCUGAGUUUAUUUGCUUCAAGGAGGGCGACAGGAUUGCUUUGUUCAUCUCGGAGAAUGGUCCAGAAUGCAUCCAAGAGAAACAGGAGGAGAUUCAGCAAUGCUUCAAUACUACCCUCGGAUCUGGUUUCAACAUCAACGCGGGAUCGUUUACAGCGGACAACAUUCCUAAGAUUGUGUUUGGGGAAAAGGAAUGCAAACAAUAUACAGAACUACAAAAGUGUGUAGUAACUUCGUUAGAAACAUGCUCAGCGCCUACAUCGGCGAACAUCGUCGAAUCUCUCUUCAAAUUCGUCCUCAAGGGCACACCGUGCAAGGAUAUUGUGGAGGGUAACAAGAGAAGCCAAAAAGUCGAAGGUAAGGGAGCCAACUCGGCCAAGGGCGUAACCGUCAGUAGCUUAGCUUUGGGCGCGUUAGCCAUUGCAGCUUUAUUCUAAGCGACAUACACGACUACUUCCUCCAUGACAUUCGAUAUAGGGCCCCGUUAUUUCUUGAAAAUAAUGCAAUUAUUAGUUUUGGGCUUUACGAAAUUAUUGCUGCGCACAAAUUUGACAAUAGGAGCCAAAUCGAUCUAAAUGUAUGUAUUUUGAAAACAACGAACCACAACUAUCUUAUUGUUAAGUCAUAAGUAUGUAAUGCGAUAAAAAAUGGCGGAUCUGAUGUACCUGACUAUGGUUUUAAUUAUUGCAGUGAAUUUUUCAAUUAAGUCGAAAUGUUUAACAAUUGUGAUUCCAACUUAAUCGUAUCAUAGGGUUAUUUUAAAGCCAAUAAUCUAUGUAUAAUUUAUAAGUGAUGUUUUUAUUAAUUAUGCCACUAAAUAUCCAUUUGACAGCUGAUUUAAUAAACAUGGUUUAAGUUUUAUUAAGGUAUUAAUUUUUUUUAAUGUGUCAGAUCUACCAUACAUUUUUAUGCAGGUCUGAUAGUUUAAUAUUUGGAAUUUCGUAUAAAUUUUCCAGCAUUAUAAUCUGAAAGAACACAUUCCAUUUAACGGACUUGUUACCUUUUAGAAAAUAUUUAUAGAGUAUAAGAGUGCUUUAACAGAAGCUUAAACCCUGAGCGAGCAGCUUUAAAAUGUUACAGUAUUUUUGUAAUUAGUGAUAGCGUUGUGUUGGGAAAGCGACAUCUUCUGGACAAUAUUUUACUAAGUUAAUAACUGUAAUAUUUUGUGCCUCAUGCUUUGUUUAUCUACUUUAUUUACACUUCAUAUCACUUUGUUGAUAUCUCAUUGCAGUCUGGAGCCUUAGCGAAACAAAAGAGGUUCACUAAAUCCGAUCCCCAAUAAGAUUAAAAUGUCGUCCUUAUGCACUUGCCUUAAAUAUAUAUAAAAAAAAAUAAUGCAUAAAAUGCAUUUCAUCCAUAUCUCAUACAUACCAUACAAUUCAGUGCACCUUAUCCCUCCCGUUCCCUAAGAGAAGUUCAUCGAAAGUGUCACUUUUCCAAUACUUUUUAGAUUCCUAGAGCUUUGCCAAAAGUACAUAUCCUCUAGUGAACCAUAUCGCCAACGUGUUGCCAAACUAUCGAUUCCAACAGCAUUAGGUUAAGGAUUUGUCCUAUUUUUAGUUACGGUGUGUACGUAUAUUUUAAACGCCAUUCUUUCCAUAGAGUAAAUAUUUGCCAUUGCGUCGUAGUAAAGUUAGUGUCGAGGCCAAUGUAUUCGUGAAAAGUUAGGCAGCGUACCAUUUAUAAAGUGUGAUUUCAUUUAUGUUGUAAGCAAUGUUUUUUGUUUAUAUAAUUCUGAGUUUGUUAAUGCAUAUUUCAUACGAUAUAAUAUGUUAUUUUCUUACAAGGCAAUCGGGUGUUAUUCUGUAAUCGUUAAGUUAGGCAUAUAUUUUUGUAAAAAAACGUAUUAUAUAUAUUUUAUUAUCUCAUACUCAUAAAGAAAUUUGAAGCAGUGUUAUGAAUUGCGUAUAUUUUGCGAUAAAUUGUAUUUUUACUUUAAAAAUUAUAUCAUAACGCACUAUUGGUGAAAAACGAAGUGGUUGUAGCGUUUAAUUAUUUAUGAUAAUUUGGUGUUGCAUUAAAGUAUAAUUUUUGUAA